GGCCAGUAGUAGCCAGUAGGAGCGCAGUCGCCUACCAACCUUUCGACUAGUAGCAUCCGUCACUAUUUUUAUACUGUCCUAUGUAAUUAUUUUACUUUAUUUUUAUGUAUAUAUAUAUAUAUAUAUCUGUAUACCCACAGAUAUAUUUACAAAUACAUUGUUAAAGUAUGUGAACAAUAAGAUUUAAUAAACAAUAAAAUUUAUUUUCGCGCCAAAAAUAAUUAAAAAGUUUAAACAAUUGAGUGUCGAAAAAAAAGUCUGGUUCCAUUUUUAAAUUUGAGGUUAUGACAAAAAAAAUUAUUUAUUGUUAAUUAAUUACUAAUUGUAAAUUUUUUAGUUGUGUUAUCGUUGAAAUCACGUCAUUUAAGUAAUUAUUGAGAAAUAAAAUUUUUUUAAAGUUUAAUUUUAAAAUACAAUUAGUAAAAUGACUGAUGAUUAUGGAGUUGGAAAUGGUGGCGGAUCUAAUGAUGAUUCAAGACCCCAGUCAACAAAAGCGGAUAAAAAAUUACAGGAGUUUGAAAGAAAUAAAAAUUAUAGUGAAAGUUCAAUACUAGCACCAGCCGCUGAUCAGACAUAUUUUGCUGAUACUAAAAUUCAUAUACCAGAAAUUGAUAAUACCAUAUUUAGCUUUAGAAAAUUAUGGGCUUUUACGGGACCCGGAUUUUUGAUGUCAAUCGCAUACUUAGACCCUGGAAAUAUUGAAUCCGAUUUACAAUCUGGUGUUAAAGCCAAAUAUAAGUUACUAUGGGUACUGUUAAGUGCAACAAUACUCGGAUUAAUAAUGCAACGUCUAAGCGCGCGCCUAGGUGUUGUAACAGGAUUACAUUUAGCUGAGAUGUGUUAUCGGCAGUACAAAAAAUUACCACGUAUUUUGUUAUGGAUCAUGACUGAAAUAGCAAUUAUCGGUAGUGAUAUGCAAGAAGUCAUUGGUACUGCCACUGCACUGUAUCUUCUAUCCAAUAAAGGUCUUCCAUUGUGGUCAGGAGUAUUAAUAACAGUAAUAGAUACAUUUACAUUUUUAUUACUUGAUAAAUAUGGCCUUAGAAAGUUGGAAUUAUUUUUCGGAUUAUUGAUAAGUGUUAUGGCUGUUACAUUUGGAUACGAAUAUGUCGUAUCAGGACCUCCGCAAUUGGAAGUUAUCAAGGGUAUGUUUACUCCGAUGUGUGUAGACUGUGAUAGUACUGUAUUAUUACAGGCUGUGGGUAUUGUCGGCGCUGUUAUUAUGCCCCAUAAUUUAUAUUUGCACAGUGCGUUAGUUAAAUCGAGAGAUAUUGACAGACGACAGCCGACGAAAGUAAAAGAAGCGAAUAAAUAUUUUUUCAUUGAAUCGUGCAUUGCUUUGUUGGUAUCAUUUAUUAUAAAUGUAUUCGUUGUGGCUGUAUUUGCUCAUGGGUUAUUUGGAAAGACAAACGCCGAUGUGCAUGCAGUCUGUGUUAGUGCAAAUAAUACUUUAGGAGUAAAUACUUUUCCGGAUGAUGCAAACUACGUAGAUGCUGAUUUAUAUAAAGGAGGAAUAUUUCUUGGAUGUACAUUCGGAGUAGCUGCGAUGUACAUUUGGGCAGUUGGUAUUCUCGCGGCCGGACAAUCGUCAACCAUGACCGGGACCUAUGCUGGUCAAUUUGCCAUGGAAGGAUUUUUGAAUUUGCAAUGGUCUAGGUGGAAACGUGUACUACUUACUCGUACAAUUGCUAUCGUCCCGACAUUUUUUGUAGCCUUCUACGCGAAAAUCGAGGAUCUUACAGGAAUGAAUGACGUUCUCAAUGCCGUUAUGAGUCUCCAAUUACCUUUCGCAACUCUCCCGACCAUCGCUUUCACCAGCAGUGUUCAUGUCAUGGGUCAAUUUAGAAAUGGAAAGUUUAAUAAAAUUGUCGCAACGGCACUGUCAGCAGUUGUGAUAGCAAUUAAUAUUUAUUUCGUUAAAGACACUGUCGAAACAGUAUUACCGGAUCACUGGGCAGUAUAUUUAGGAAUAACUAUCUAUGCAUUAUUUUAUCUUGGAUUCUGUUUAUAUUUAGUUAUACAUAUGGCUAUUGCAAUGGGCGCUGACUUUUUAACAAAUUAUAGACUCAUUGCUAAAUUUAUCGGUGGGCCGACAGAAAUGAACUUUUCACUGACUAGUCCUUCCGAUUAUUCCAGUAUGUCACUGAGAAGAAUUUCUAUGACUAAAAAUAUUAAAUAACAAUUAACGAUAUCAAUUUAAUGCAAUAACACAAGAACAAAUUAUGGAUUCGCAAUUCAAGAAAAUAUAAAUGGGAGUUUCUCAUCACUUGGCGUAAUGUAAAAUAAACUAAAAUUAAUUAUUAAUUGUAAAAAAAAAAUAUAAUCAAAAUCUUUUUGUUA